AUGUUACUAAAAAUAACGCAUAUGUCUUCAUUAUAAAUUUCUCAUGAUUCUUUUCUAUCAGAAUUAGAAGUUGAUAGAAUUAUUAGCUCUUGCAAUGUAACUUUAGCAAAGGUGACUUCAGAACAGGAUGAAAUCAAAGUUCAAAUUUAGGAUUACAAAUCAAUUUAGAUUGCUAACAAAAAUCAAAUAUACAAUAAGAAAAACAAUUAAAAGUACUUAAAUCAAAUCUAGACGACAAAGAAUAUGUUAAAAAUAUUAAACAUGAUAUUCUCAAAAAAUUAAGUUGAUUGAAAAUAAUAUAGAUAAUCUUGACAAGUAUUUGGAAGAAAUUAAAAAAAAUUACAUUGGAAAUAGAAUUGUCUCCAAUAAUGUGGAAAUGCAUAAGAUGUGGAUUCGCUUAAAAAGAAGAUUAAAAUAAGGCAAGUUGUACUUAUCAUCCUGGAAAUUGA